CUAGCCAAGGGAUUGCCCUGCAACCUUUCCUUUUUGCCCCGUCGUUUCAUGACAGGUCUGAUUGGAAUUCCAGACAUGCCCUGGAAGGGAUACAGUAGUCGUUUCAAUAGUUUCGGGGAUUUUCUGCCCGUCCGAUUUUUGCUCUCUAAUUUAUUUUAUUCUGGUUUAAUUUUCAUUUUCAUUUUGUCACUUUUCACUUUCCGGUUUUUUGAUUUGAUUUGAUUUUAUUUUUCGCAGAAAAAAAGAAAAAAAAAAA